AAAGUAUCCAUGAGACUGCAUGAUGAAAACAUCCGUUGGAAAAUUUGAAAUGGAAACAUGAAUACUACCUGUGCGAAUUUGAAGCUUUGUCUGCGACGCCAAUUUCAAGCGAAUUUAUUUGGAGACCGUUUGGUCUUGUUCUAAUCUUGGGAAUUAACAUUUGGAAUACCUCGCCAUGGAAACCCCACCAACAGAUGCGAAGACAGAUAUACGGCCUCAACCCAGGCCAGAGGUUAUAGAGCGUCGGUUUACACGGCUGAAGAGCAACAUGCAGAGUGGACCCGAUCAGAUCCUGCGCAUGGAUGGCCUCAGCAUAGAGGAGAAAUGGCGAAUCAUCAAUGAUGAGCCGUCGAUGAAGUCGUCGUUACACGAUGUCAAGUAUUACAGGACGCAGCUCGAAGGCCACAUCGAACCGAGCAUCCACCUCGAGGCCACCCUGAAGAAGUCGUCAUGGAAGAAGGCGGUGAAGGUCCUCGCCCCCGUCAAGGAAGUCAUCGAGGAUCUCAAAGAAGACCUCCAUUCCGCAAAAACCGAUUUCCUCAAGGCCUUCAUCUCAGAAAAAGUAGGUGGUGUCCCUCUGCUUUCUAAAUUCCUGAGCCAAACCCAGGAGUUGAUAGAGAAGGACAGGAACCAACAGAAUGCCAACAACUCAGCAUCGAUCCCGUCAGCAGGACGCACCUCAACGCUGGAUAAAAAACUACUCAAACUUCUUGAAAACAUCAAACGCACAACAGUGGAAGAAUCAGACGCAAUGAAUUGCUUGCGAAAAAUAUCUGAAGACAAGGAGGGGCUAGCGAUCAUUAUGACAGCACCAGAGGUGUUAGAAAUAAUCACAUCCUGUAUAGUCAGUAGAUCGCUAUCAGCUCGGCUCUAUGCUUUCAUGGUUUUGAUCGCAGUUUGUGAAUCAAGAGACGGUCUAAACCGAGUGCUUACCGCCUUGACUAAGUUCCGAGUGAAGAUCCGUGAAAAGGUCCGCUUCUACGCCGUCACUCAGAUGAUUUUCCUGGAGAAAUCGAGGGUAGAACUGGUGACGAUUUGUCUUCGAUUUAUCAACACGAUGCUUAGUUCUACCACGGACAUGAAUAGACGAGUCUACUUGCAAUAUGAGCUGGAGAUGGCCGAGUUUAAUCCAAUCAAAUUAGAGAGGAUAUAUCGUCUGGAAGGCGAAUUGCCGCCAUCGAUCAAAUUGGAGUUAGACGCAUGGCACAGUCGUUACAUCAGUAUUCAAAGACUUCAAGAAAAUCUAACGACAAUCGAGACAAGGAACGCUCUGUUGAGAAAAGAGGUUGACCGACAAGGAUCUCGCAUGUCAGACUACGAGUAUGAGAACAAGGCGUUACAAACCAAAAUUCUAGAUCUCGCUUCAAGGUCAGAUGACUACAGGGACAGGGUCAACGAACUCCAAGACACCAUCGAAAAAUUGACGAGGGAAUACACCAAGAAGACAGGGCAGCAUGCGGAGAAACAGUUCAGCAACUUCAACAGUCUGAUGAAACCUCUGGAACCCGAACAGGAGGGCGACGAGGUGACCGUCAUCAUCGAACCUCAGAAGACCGGGGAAAGGAAACUCGAGAGGAAGAAGUCGGUCCUCGGUGACAAGAAGAAAGAAAUUGUGAUUUCCAAGCCCGCAGCGAAGAAGAAGUCCCAGGCACCGCCCCCUCCCACCCCGCCACCCACCCCUGAAAUACCAUCCAGCCCAAGCAAACCAGGCGUGCCCGGCGUGCCCUUGCCUCCGCCUCUAAUGGGAACCAUGAGGAAGAAUAGGAACCGACUGAUGUCCAAACAUGCCUUGCCAAUGCUCAACUGGAACACCAUCAAAACACCAGGAAAUACAAUUUUCAAGGUAUUGGAUGACGAGAAUGUCUACGAUGAGUUGGACUUCGAGGACUUUGAGAAUCAUUUUAGAUUAAAAGAAGCCUCGGCGUCGACCGCGACGAUGGAUAAACUUAGAAGAAUUCAGGAGAAAGAAGCGCUGAAGGUCCGGGUCGUCGGCGACAAUCGCGCCAAAAACCUGAUAAUCGCUCAACGUCGGAUCGGGUUAGCUCCGAAGGAUAUCCGAGGCUUCGUCGAUCGCUGCGACACCACAGGUGUGCCCGGGGAAUAUGCCGAAAUUCUCCUCAACUUCGUUCCAACAAAAGAAGAGCUCAAGAAGUUGGCAAACAAUGCAGAUAAAUAUGAGGAGAUGGGAGAGGCAGAACAGUUUAUGUUCCAGAUGGCUAGGGUCGACCGAUACGAAUCGAAGCUGAGGUUAAUGACCUUUAUGGGCAUUUAUGGCGAGCUGGUAGUCACACUCAAACCAGAGAUACAAGCGAUCGUCAAAGCAUGCGAUUCCAUCGUUACAAGUGGGAAACUAAAGAAACUACUCGAGAUUGUUCUAGCGUUUGGUAACUACAUGAACAGCAGUAAGAGAGGACCCGCCAUCGGAUUCAAGCUUGAAUCACUACAAAGGUUGACGUUCGUGAAGUCAACGGAUCGUAGUCAUAACUUUCUCCAUUACCUGGUCGAGGCGGUCAACCGAUGUUACCCUGACAUCAAGGACUGGUACAACGAUCUCCAGUUCGAUGAUCUCAAGUCAGGAUCUCUGGAAGCUCUGACAAUAGACAUCCAAGGACUACGUAAAGGCCUGGAGCUUGCCAAGUUUGAACGGGAAAGACAGAUGAACAACCCUGUCAUUGGACAGUUCUACAUAGGCGCAGCGGACACCAUCCACGCCCUCUCGGAGGGUUUCAAGAAGAUGGAAGAGAUCUACCAGUACACCUGCAAGAUGUUUGGUGAGAAUGCCGACCAUGUCGAGCCUGUCAACUUUUUCAAGCUCUUCAAGGGUUUCAGAGACCAGUAUCGGGCUGCUGAAAGAGCGAACAGUAAACAACCAAUUGAAGUAGCUCCCAAACGUAAACCAGCCAAGAAAAAGGACUCUUCCAGCACCAAGCAAUUCGGCCUUCCGCAAGAACUACCUUCCGCCGGCGUCUCGGGUCGUCUCGGGCUCUUCCGGCGCUCGACCCAGAACAAGGGCUCAUACGAGGUCAAGACCAAACCAUCACAACAGACAUCGUCAGCGCUGCCGUCGCCCGACGAAUCGUCAACGAAUUUGAGACGGGAUUCACCGUCGUCCUCCGACUCGGGCAUUGCAUCAAUGGCGUCAUCGGGCGAUAGCGGUUCAACGCGAAGCAUUCCGUAUGUGACAGUGGACGGCAACGAUUCAUCGAAGACUGGAGGGGUCGUCAUGACUGCCAAUGGACAUGAACAUAAUAAAACGCAGACGACCGGUGCGGAAGGCGGAGACAAUGCCGGUGACGGGAAUUCGAAUUUCUGGGGAUUAUUCAGCGGACUGAAGUAAAUGACUACAGUAAAAGCUAGAACCCAUUCUUAUACUUGAGCGUUAUCUUACGGAGAUGUAAACAUGAUCUACUUUGUUUCCAGAUAACACUAUUCUGCACCCAUUCAGCAGGAAAGAGCCAGUGUUCAUUUCUGCUUCUUUACAUAAGGACAUUCCUUUAAUGGAAGACUGUGACGUCUCACUUGUAUUCUUUGCUCAAAAUGAUGGACAGAGGCACUAACCGUGAAAGGUUCAUUGUGAAAUCGAAAAAGAAUUAUUCCAUGUAAUGAUGGUCCUGCUUCAAUUGUGGACUUGAUCGUUCCUGGCACUAUGAAGACUUUACAGUAAAGUUGAAUGAUUAAAGAUUUUAAAGAUACAACUUUAUAUGAACGUAGAAUAUAUAAAGUAUUUAAAAAGUAAAGCAUUUAGGUCGACAACUUCCGAUUUUAAAAGCUUUAUAUUUCUAGUUGUCAAAGAGCUGUUAUAUACUCCUCUGACGUAAAUUUAAGUAGUAUAUACUUAAUAUUAUUGUAAUCUAUGGCUAAUACGCCUCCUUUGAUAUAUAUUUCAUCUAUUUCAUUUUUCACUUCCGACAGGGUCUUUAAAAGAUAUAAAAGAUCACUAUGUUUUAGUAUGAAAAAUAGUUGAGAGUGAG